AUGGCGCAAUUGUCGCCCACAGAGAUCCAGUACGAGCUUGAGCACAUCCAUCAGGAUCGAGCACCGGACAUCAUCGCAUCAUAUGCAAUAUGUCUAUCUCUAGCUUGCAUUGCCGUAGUGCUGCGUUUCGUGGCCCGACGAACAAGCAGAGCUUCAUUGCAGGCCGAUGAUUUGACCGUAUUUAUUGCAUUGCUCUUCGCUACAGGCCAGAUCAUCGCAGGCUCGUUUGCGGUACAUCUUGGCGCAGGGAAGCAUGUCGUUCUAAUCACUGAUCCUGCUGCCUAUGCUAAGUGCGUUAUCACGGUUGAGAUGCUGUACAGCAUCAGCGCGGCUUUGUUCAAGUUCUCUGCCCUUCUUCUGUAUCACCGACUUUUCGGGUCCUCGAAGCGUUUCACAGUUUGGCUCUGGGUACUCGCGGCCGUCAUUCUCUGCUACAGUGUAGCCGAAGUUCUUUUCGCGGUCCUCCAAUGUCACCCUAUUCAAAAGACGUGGAAUAUGGAACUUCCUGGCUUUUGUCUAAACGCCGGAUUAGUGGCGACGGUUCUUGGGGUGUUCAAUGUAGCCGCGGAUUUCGCUACCGUAUUCAUGCCACUGCCCCUAAUUUGGAAUCUUCAUAUGCAACGGAAGUGGAAGAUACAACUGAUUGGCAUCUUCCUCCUUAGCGCCUUCGUCUGCGCAUGCAGCAUCUACCGCGUUACGAUAUUGAACCGCUUGUCUCUCCCAGACGUAACCUGGGCUAAUACCGAACCCGCUAUAUGGGCGGCGGCAGAGAAUUGUAUUGGCAUCGUCAGCGCUAGCCUGCCCACAAUGCGCCCAAUUUACAACCUGAUAGUCCGUGGCCAUCACUGCAGUUCCCACGAAAGGUACUGUAGUCGCUGCGAGCAUUCCAGAAUUUCUGGCCGCCGUUCAAGACUACGGUUUGGCACCAAGUGGCCGGGCUCGGCAUCGUCGUCUGCCGGUGAAGGGACGCGCAAUGCCAGGAGCUCUACGUCAGACAUUGAAAGCGCGAACAGAAGUGACUCAGCAGUAGAGAUGGUACUUCAUGCCAAGGGCCCUGUGCCGGCUCUAGAAGGCGUUGUCAGAAUCACGACGACUGUGGAAAUAUCAUGA